ACGUUGCUCUCUUAUUGGCCGCUCCUUUGAAAUUAGUCAUCUCCCUUGUACUGCUUUCUAAUUUCUAUUAGAUAUUCUCAAUUCUUUCACCUAACUUUUCCAGAAUUUAAACCACUAACAUAAGAAAAAGAGUAAAUACAGUUAGCUUCACAUACUCUAAGCUGUGAGCUUACAUCUUCAAAUUCGCCUUCUCUAAUGGCGACAGCCAGCGAUCCCGAGCAGCCGAUUGUCUCAUUCACUGACAAGGGUGAGAUUAACAACGUGCGAGAGCCACUUCUAAAAGGAGAGCACCAUCCUGAGAACUACUCAAUACGUUCCGCAAUACUUCCAUUUCUGUUUCCUGCUUUUGGAGGACUGCUUUAUGGUUAUGAUAUUGGAGCCACAUCCUCUGCUACAAUUUCCAUAGAGUCAGCUACAUUUAGUGGAAUUUCUUGGUAUGACUUGUCUUCGGUGCAACUUGGUCUCGUUACUAGUGGCUCACUGUAUGGUGCUUUAAUUGGCUCAGCCGUUGCUUUCAAAAUUGCUGACUGGCUUGGGAGAAGAAGGGAGUUGAUUGUGUCUGCUUUGUUCUAUUUUGUUGGAGCUCUGGUAACAGCAUUUGCUCCUGUCUAUGUUAUUAUGGUAAUUGGGCGCCUGCUGUAUGGUGUAGGAAUUGGACUGGCAAUGCAUGCUGCUCCCAUGUACAUUGCUGAAACGGCUCCAAGCCAGAUACGAGGACAGCUGAUUUCUCUUAAGGAGUUCUUCAUAGUUUUUGGGAUGCUAGUUGGAUAUACAGUUGGAAGCCUUCUGGUAGAAACUGUUGCUGGUUGGCGAUAUAUGUAUGGAGUUAGUGCCCCUUUAGCAGUUAUUAUGGGAAUUGGAAUGUGGUGGCUUCCUUCGUCGCCCAGGUGGAUUCUUCUAUGUGCUAUACAGGGGAAGGGUGAGUUGCAGGGUUUAAGAGAGAAGGCCAUAUGUUGCUUGUGCCAGCUUAGGGGAGCAGCAAUUGGUGAUUCAGCACCUCGUCAAGUAGAUGACAUUCUGUCCGAGCUUUCGCAGCUAAGCGAAGAAAAAGAGGCUACAAUAGGUGAAAUGUUGCAAGGAAAAUGCUUGAAAGCCCUAACAAUUGGUGCUGGACUAAUCUUGUUUCAACAGAUAACUGGGCAACCAAGUGUCUUGUAUUAUGCUGCAAAAAUUUUUCAGGAUGCUGGAUUUUCUGCAGCAGCUGAUGCUACAAGAGCUUCGGUUUUCCUUGCGCUGUUGAAGCUCAUUAUGACUGGAGUAGCAGUUGUAGUUGUUGAUAAGCUUGGGAGGAGGCCUCUGCUUCUUGGAGGUGUGUCUGGGAUUGCAAUAUCACUUUUCCUCUUGGGAUCAUAUUACACUUACCUGGGUAAUGUACCAGCCGUGGCUGUUACUGCCCUGCUACUGUAUGUUGGCUGUUACCAGUUAUCAUUUGGUCCAAUUGGUUGGUUGAUGAUCUCAGAGAUCUUUCCCUUGCGCGUUAGAGGUCGAGGGUUGAGUAUUUCAGUUCUUGUGAAUUUUGGUGCAAAUGCACUAGUGGCAUUUGCUUUUUCUCCUCUUCAGGUCUUACUGGGGGCGGGAACUGUUUUCUUUAUCUUUGGUGGCAUAGCUGUUUUAUCUCUUCUGUUCAUCUUCUUCAUCAUACCAGAGACAAAAGGGCUUACUUUGGAAGAGAUUGAGGCCAAAUAUCUCUAGAACAGAUCGGACUAGUUCAUUUCCGUACUUGAAUUUGUCUCCUUGUCACAGUACCCGGGGCAAUCAAGUUGUUUGUAAAUGCUCCUACACCAGUAUACGAAAUGGAGGGCUUGUGAUUAGCCUAGUUGUGUAUUGCAUCAUAAAUGUAUUAUUGUCAUUAAUAAUGGGUCACUAUUUUGUACAAAAAGAGAAAUAUGGCAAGAAUAUUGUUCUAAUGUGUUGUUUAUCUUGAUCCCCACUUUGGACAUUCUUUCAGCAUAAGUAUAUUCUCGAAUGUUUCGGUGUA